AUGUUUCUCGUUCCUCUCAUUCACACACAAUAUUCCGCCCGUACACCUAUCACCACCUAUGAGAAUACCAUUUCCAUCCCAUCUAUCCGUGGUGGCUCACCAUCCCCUUCUGCAUCCUCUUCAUCUCCAUCAUCUCGUCCGUCUAAUUCAUCUUCCACGCCAUCCACGCCAUCUACCCCAAUAGAUCGUGUUACUGAAAGAAAAGAAAAGCUUGCCAGAGAUUUGCUGGCCUUGAGCCGUCAAGUUAAGGCAGCUUCCUUUUCAUCCACCAGCAAUACGAUCGACCGUUUUGAUGAUUGGUUAAACCAAGUUGAAGAACUCAAACAAUCCAUCAUCACCCAAUCCUUUCCUUCCUCCAAUGCUCGCUUCCGUAAACAGUAG